AUAAAUAAGUUAAAUGGAAAAAGAAAUGCAAUGCACCUUUUCGUCAUUAGUAGGUAAUUAGAUAAUGACAGAUACUUAUCGUAGUAUUCGAUUUUGUUAAUGGGUAUCCUUUUAGUAUAAAUUGGGCAAACAUUUUUAUUUGGGAUCAGUAGAUAUUAAGAUCCUUUUAGUCACAGUAGAUACCAGUAAACUUGCAAUUGUACACUAUGGAAUUAUUUUAUUGUGUUGUGUUUUUCACCCUAUUUGUAGCAGGAUCGAGCGAGUACAUAUUCACACCUGCUUACUCUUGCAAGAACAAUUCUUCAGAAUGUCUGAAGGAUUCUAUCCAAGCCGCGUUACCCAGUUUUGUAAAAGGCGAUCCCUCCCUGGGCACUGAACCUUUGGACCCUUUCAUCAUAAGAAAAUUAUCUCUAAAAUUGCCUGGCAACUUGGAUUUGGAAUUUAGACAAGGCUCCUCUAAAGGUCUCAAGAAAUGUGUCAUCGAUUCUGCUAGGAUGGUGAAGGAUACUUUAGAUCUCCAGUUCCAUUGCAGCUUGGUUAUCAAGGGGAAGUACAAGUCAUCAGGGCGGCUCCUCAUGUUCGCCAUCGAUGGGGAUGGUGACUCUACGAUCAAAUGCAAGAACAUCAAGAUCCAGUUCUUGGCCAAGCUGGGAUCGGCGGUGCAAGAUGACGGCAAGAGACAUUUAGAAAUCAGAGCGUUCAAGUCAUACCACUCGUUCGAGGGCCAAGUCUUCUACCGCAUGACUAACCUUAUCAAGGGAAACCCGCAAAUAAGUAAUUUGAUAGUAGACUUCAUGAAUCAAAACUGGCGUAUGGUAGCUCAAGAGUUUGGAAAACCGAUUGUGGAUUUUGGUAUAUCAUGUAUUUUGAAAAAUGUUAAACAGCUGUUUAAAGCUGUUACGCAGGAGCAACUAAUUGGAAUAACAAAUGUUUUUGAUACUGAAUCAUAAUAAAAUAUAAACAAUAUUAAA